GUCAGUCCAGAUUAUUGUCGUUGAAUUCAUUGUUUGCUAGACCUCCGUGCUGGGCCGGUCCAUUAUACAUACGCCAUGUCUCGCGCAUCAAAGUUCACAUUGGCAGCCACUGGCCUGGGCACAGCGGGUAUUGUCUGGUUUGUCCACUGGGCACAAGAAGCGGAUAGGGCGGCUAUGCACAAGGGUGUCGAACGCGAUAUGGAAAAGCAACGUCUUCGACUAGAACGUCAAGCGGACUUCGAAAUGCAAAAAGCCCUCGAGCAGGAGUAUCUCAAACUCCAGACAGUGACCAGCACAACGGGCGAUUCAAAUACGCCCAACCAAAAAUCAAUUCCGGGGUCAUGAGGUGGAAUAAUACCUGCGGCGCACGCGCUGCUUCGAUCCGGGCAAUUCGUCUUCGCGUUGGUCUUGAUGUGCUCCAACUAUACCAGUGGUCUGCAAUUAUCGACUAUGUGCCGAUGCAUGUGAGCAAGGAGUUUAUAUUGUUUUUGGGCUAUGCAUGUCAUGCUGUACAAAACUUUGAUGUUGUGGUGUAAGAUAUACCCUCAUAUGUACUAUAUAACAUGAAAUCCUC